AUGUUUCUGUUGCUAUUGGGUAAGAUGAGUGCACACAAUGAAUGACUAUAAAAACUUCUCUUCUCUGCUCUCUCUAGCUCAUUAUAAGUCAUAGCGCAUAUGCUUUGCAAUUGCUUGCUUCCUACCACCAAGUACCUUUCAGCAACCAUAAAAGGCCACCUUCUCUUCCCCUACCUCCUCCUCUACAGCCGAAGACCUUAACUAUUAGUAUUUGAUAGGAGAUCACGAAGAAAAUAAGCUAUGGCUCAGCUUAGAAUCACCUUCUUCAUUCUUCGAGUACUUCUCCUCUCAGUCCUUCUCAUUUCCUUAUCUUCAGGUAACAACAUUGUUGAAGGCUUCAAGGAUGGCAAUGAUCACCACAUUGAUCAUUUACUUCACAAGGGCAUCAAAGUGAAUUCAAGGAAGCUGGUUAUGAUGCUAGAUGCAACAAUGCAUGACUAUGAUGAUGCAGGAGCGAACCCCAAACACGAUCCUCGAAGGAAACCAGGCAAUGGGAGAAACCCAUGAUUGAUUAUCGACUGCUAUACUACUAUUACUACUACUACUACGUACUACUUAAGCCACUUAUAGUAUUGAUACUUUGAUCAUGUACUAAGGACUUAAGGAGACGAUGUACGUCACCUGAUAUAUAGAGCUAGCAAUCCAGAUGAGAGUUUCUUCAAUAAUGUUGAUAUGAUAUGCUGGUGUGUCUAGCGAGUUGUCACUGUGUGGCCAUUGGCCUUAGGAAUACAAACAGCUCAUAUCAUAUGCAAUUC